GAUUACUGACAAAUAAGAGACUUUAUAAAUUCAAGAAUUGACAUUUGGUUUCUGAGUUCUAGACCAUAAAUAUGGGUGUUACUAUUGAAGUUUAUCGCGCCAGGAUUGGUUCACAUCACAAUUUUACAGAUUGUCGCAACAGUCUGUGUCGUCUUAAAGAUUUGCCAACUACCACAUGCUCUGUUCAACUGAUGGGAGUUGAGAAUGUGAGUCCUUACUCAUCUUGCUUUAAAUGCAAAAAGAAAAUUGACAAUGGAAACAUCCUGUCAAACUCAACAAAGGUAAGAUGCCCAAACCCAAAAUGCUCCAUGUUGCAAAAGAAAUCAGCAUGUGUACAACACUGGUAUGCCCAGGCACUGGUUGAGGAGGUUUCAACGAAGAAAAAGGUUUCUCUCAUGUUCUUUGAUGAUGCAAUAAUGCAAGCAGUUUUUCUUGCCACUAGUCAAUAUGAUAUGGACAAGAAAGAUCUUAACAAAGAUUUCAUUGAGGAUAAACUACUUGAUCUGCCAGAUCAUUUUACAGUAACAUAUAACAAAGAGUCCAAAAUUGUUUCAAAUGUCUCGCAUUAACAACUUUUAAGGACAUAUCUGAACAAUCUAUGUAUGUAUGAUCUAUGUAUCUGAACAAUAUUUUAAAGAUUUUUGUUCAGUUGAAAUGCACGUUUGUUUUAAAGUUUUGUUUCAU